AUGAGAACCGCCAUUGAACUUUACCACACCAGCUUUAAUCGGCUUAAGCUCUCGAGCCGUCUCAUUGGCGCCGGUCUUUGGGAGAAGAAGUACGGCUUCACCACGGGCCGUAUAGCGAGCUUGACGCAGAUCGUGAUGUUUCUCGGUUUACACGUCUGGACGGGUUACAAGUAUCGGGACAAUGCGCUCGAAAUGCUCGAAUCUCAGUCACUCAUUUGUACGGGCGUCGCGCUCAUGAUCAAGUACUUCACCAUGAUCCGCAACCGUGAUCCCGUCCGCGAGCUGACGGGCAAUAUUGAGCGGGAUACGUACACAAAGUAUCAGGAAACGAGCAACGAAUAUCCGGUGCUGCUAAAGUAUGGUCGCGUGCUGUAUAUUGCUGGCCAUAUCAUGAUCGGUGGAUACUUUGGGUCGCUGUUUAUCAUUUGGAUCAAUCCGUUGUUCAUGUACUUUACCGAGGGCCGUGUUAUGUUGCUUUUUUUCUGCGAAAUCCCGUACGUGGACUGGACGGUGAACAGGGGGUAUUGGAUAACGGUUACGUUGCAGAUUGCCUUCUACAUUACCGGCACUUGUGGGUUGAUUUUGGUCGACUAUUUGUGUGCAUACUUUACCAUCAAUGGGUCACUGUAUGUGGACAUUUUGCGUUUUCAUCUGAACGAGUUGAGCGAGCUGCUGGCUGAGCCGGGCUAUAAAACGCGCAGUGCUCCGGAAAUAAUAGAGAAGGUUAACCGGAAGUGGCGAAUCUGUCUAGUGGAACAUCAGCAAAUUGUUGAGUAUUACGACAAGUUUUCCGACUUAUGGAGCAUGAUCAACUUGGCGCAAGUCGGCUGCAGUGUGUUUGGAAUUUGCAUUAACAUGCUGAUAAUUUUUCUGACUGAUUGGUACGCUGCAUACGCGAUACUGUUUGCUCUGUUCAUUGAUCUGUCGGUGCAUUUUGUGCUGGGUGCUAUCAUUGAAAGGAAGGUCGAUGAUCUACUCAUUAGUUUAGUUCAUUUUCCAUGGUAUUUACUAGACGAUCGUAGGCAGAAGGAGUAUAAAUUGCUUCUGCUACGAGCGCAACAGCCAUCUGGUAUGUCGAUUGCUGGUCUUACGCCGGUAAAUUACGAAACCUACACACAGAUUAUGAAAAUGCUGUACCAACUGUUUGCACUUGCAAUGAAUUUUUUGAAGUAG